GAAACAGAGGUUGAGAAAGGGCGAUGUACGGUUCCCACCCUCUCCUCCGACGCCGGCAACAUCCCCAGCUGCGCUUCUGAAUCGUGGUCUUGGAUGUUUGCAGCGCUGAUGGGAGGGAAGGAGAUGAAGGGAUCCGAAUUGCGGCUGCCGUAUGCCGCUUAUCACUUCACGACCAGCGGGGCGGCUGUCGCUGUCGCGACCGCCGUCACCCAUCCCUUGGAUGUCGUCAAAGUUAGACUCCAAAUGCAGCUUGCUGGCCAAAGAGGACAUUUGGUUGGGAUGGGAACAAUUUUCACACAAAUGAUAAAAAAUGAAGGAGCUGGAAGUCUCUAUUUGGGGCUUGGACCUGCGUUGACUAGGUCUCUCCUUUAUGGAGGUCUUCGUUUAGGUUUAUAUGAACCUUUCAAGUAUGUUUGUGAACACGUAGUUGGUUCAACUAAUAUCUUUGUGAAAAUUGCAUCUGGGGCAUUUUCUGGUGCAAUUGCAACUGGUGUGACUAAUCCAACAGAAGUUCUAAAGGUAAGGUUACAAAUGAACUCAAGCUCCCAAACUGGACCCUUCAGGGAAAUGUACAAAAUUGUGUCAGAUGAGGGUGUGCGAGCACUUUGGAAAGGAGUUGGCCCAGCAAUGGCAAGAGCUAGUUGUCUGACAGCAUCACAGCUUGCAACUUAUGAUGAAUCAAAACAGGUUUUGCUUAAGUGGACCCCUCUUGAAGAAGGCUUUCAUCUACAUCUCAUCUCAAGCUGCAUAGCUGGAACGGUUGGAACUCUUGUAACUGCACCAGUGGACAUGAUUAAAACUCGUCUAAUGUUACAACAAGAAGCAAGAGGUGUCAGAAAUUAUAGAAAUGCAUUCCAUUGUGCUUACCAGGUAGUGCUUACAGAAGGCUUUGGAGCACUUUACAAAGGUGGAUCUGCCACCUUUGCGAGAUUAGGUCCCCAGACCGCAAUCACAUUUAUUGUCUGUGAGAAGCUACGGGAACUCGUUGGAAUAAAAGCAAUUUGAUUUCAAGGGAAAUUUAUCAACCGAGCUGCUUGUCACUGAUUUCAAGGGCGAUUUGAUUUCUUAUUCUUUCGUCUCAAAAAUUGGGUUAUUGCGGGAGCAAUGACAAUAAGGUGGCCUUUUUUCCCCUUCAUAUAAUGAUUUUCUUUAAUGAUUCCAUAUGUAAUCACAAAAUUCGAGUUAUUCGUGUGGAAGGAACUAUUAGCUACAGAUGAAGGUCAAGUUUAAGAAUGGUGUUUUGCCA